AUGGCGAAGCUUACUUUCUCUCUGAUGCUUUUAUGCUUUGUCUUUGCCAUGGCAGUGGUGCAAAGCACCGUUCAAGGAUUCGAAGAGAACAACCAUGAAUGGUUCCAAAAACUCCAAGAUGCUAAAGAGAAUCUGACCAAGCUCCAUUUCUACUUCCAUGACGUUCAAUCCGGCAAAAACGCCACGUCGGUGAAGGUAGUUGAGGUGGCUAACACCUCUAAAUCAGCCACCAGCUUCUUCGGCGAAGUAAACAUGAUCGACAACCUUCUAACGGAAGGUCCUAAACGAAGGUCGAAGCUGGUGGGUCGAGCUCAGGGGCUAUAUGGGUUCGCUUCUCAGGAGGAAAUGACCUUGAUUAUGGCCAUGAACUUUGUUUUCACUAGCGGCAACUACAAUGGUAGCAGUCUUACCAUUCUUGGCCACAACCCGGUUCUGCAUCAGCUUCGUGAGAUGCCGAUCGUCGGUGGAACCGGUGUUUUCAGGUUGGCACGUGGUUUUGCGAUGGCCAAGACUUUUUCUUUGAAUACUAAAAGCGGUGAUGCUAUUGUUGAAUAUAAUGUUACAGCACUACACUAUUGAAAGAUUGCA